AUGGGCGACAAGGACCAGCUUUUGUCGGAAUCAGUUGAUUCAAUUGAAUCGGGCAAGGUCAAGAGUUAUGUAGGAAAGAAGAGUAAGAUACCCAAAAUUCCUUGGUAUAUGGCCGGUGGCUUUGUCCUCUUCUGGGCCUCGCUCUUCCUGGCGGUCGUGGUGCCCCUUUUCUACCGCCUUCCCCAGGCCAAUACACUCGAGGAUGUUGGCAAAGGUGUCUUUAUCGCAGAACGCGCCCAGGAAAACCUCUACGAAUUUGCCAAGAUCGGCACAAAGUUGGUCGGAAGCGAUGGAAACGAGAACAAAACCGUGCAGUUUAUUCUGAAUGAAUUGGCCAAAAUUAAGGCGAAUGUUCUAGAAGAAUAUUUCGAAAUGGAGAUUGACCACCAGGUGGCAUACGGUUCGUAUGUCAGGGGCGGAGCACAAUACCAAUACCAGGGCGUUCAGAACAUUGUGGUUAAAGUAACGCCCAAGGGCAGUACGAGCCAAAAUUACCUGCUGGUGAACUCCCACUUCGACUCAAAGCCCACAAGUCCAUCGGCCGCCGAUGCUGGCCACAUGUGUGUGACCAUGUUGGAGGUCAUCCGAAUCAUCACAACCUGCAGGGAAAAGUUCACCCACCCGAUUAUCUUCCUUUUCAACGGUUCCGAGGAGAAUUCCCUGCAGGCAUCGGACGGUUUCCUUAGCCUACACAAAUGGGCGCCAUUCUGCAGGGUCGUAAUUAAUUUGGAUGCAGCUGGCAGUGGUUGUAAGGAGCUAUUAUUCCAAACAGGACCCAACAACACUUGGCUUGUCAAGUACUACAAAGAGAAUGCCAAGCAUCCAUUCGCUACCACCAUGGCUGAGGAAAUUUUCCAAACUGGUAUUGUGCCCUCUGACACUGACUUUGUUAUCUUCUCCGAGUAUGCUAAUCUCGUUGGGUAUGAUAUUGGUCUGGUGUGCAACGGUUUCGUCUAUCACACAAAGUACGAUCGAUAUGAUAUCAUCCCUCGGGAGUCUAUUCAAAACACUGGAGACAACCUUUUGGGCCUGGUCAAGGCCCUUGCCAAUGCUCCAGAAUUGGCAGACACCACUGAGACCGGAAAAGCCGUAUUCUUCGAUGUCCUAGGACUGUUCUUCGUUAGCUACUCGGCGGACAGUGGAAAAACUCUUAACUAUGCCGUGGCUGGAGUCGCUAUUAUCCUGGUUUAUGUAUCCCUCUUGCGCAUUGCUGAGGUCUCCAGUGUAACCUCCGCUCAGGUUCUGAGCUGGUUCGUCCUCAUCCUGGUCCUCCAAGUGGUAGCCUUUGUGCUGGGACUAGCUCUUCCCGUGGUGGUUGCAUACAUGUUUGAUAAGUAUGGACUUAGCAUGACCUACUUCAGCACUCCGGCUCUUUCACUGGGACUAUAUGUUUGCCCGAGUCUUGUGGGUCUGGCACUUCCCAGUUUCGUUUACUUGAAGUUGCAGAAGAAUGAGAAGCUUACCCAUGCCCACCAACUGCAAAUGGCUCUCCAUGGACAUGCCAUAGUCCUGUCGAUCCUUGGCAUCGCCAUCAAUUACUACGGCCUCCGUAGUACCUAUAUCAUCACUUGGACUUUGGUCUUCUAUGUCAUCCCCUUGGCGCUCAAUUUGCUGAGCACUCUGCAGGAUCGCGGAUACUCAUGGACCGGGGUCUUGAAAAUCAUCCAGGUCGUCCCCUUCCUGUACAACAGCUAUCUUUUCUACACAUUCAUCGUAAUUCUCACCCCAAUGAUGGGUCGUUUUGGACAAACCACCAAUCCUGACUUGAUCAUCUCUGCCUUAGCCGCUUUGGGAACUAUUUUUUCGAUGGGCUUUUUGAUUUUGCUUAUAAAUAUAUCACGUCGAUCGGGUAUCAUUCUGGUGGCUCUGCUGGCCGUCAGUGCGGCCACUAUUUACAUUGCCAGCUCCACGGAUAUUGGUUUCCCAUAUCGUCCGAGGACCAAUGUCGAAAGGGUAUACUAUUUGCACGUGCGCCGAAUCUUUUACGAAUACGAUGGAACCGUUAGCAAGGACGAGUCCGGAUAUCUGUUCAACUUCCAGGAUCGUCGUGGUAGUGCUCCUCUUAUUGAGGCCGGAGUGGAUCUUACAGGCAGUGUGAGCAUGGCAUCCGACUGUUCAAAGUACAUGAUGUGCGGAGUGCCAUAUCCCGAUUCCCGCUAUGUGAAGAGUCGUCUGAACGGAACUUGGCUGGCACGAGAAAAAGUCAUACCCAUACCAACGACCGAAGAACCCUUAGUCCUGCUGAACAAAACUAUUCUGGACGAUGGCAUAACGGUUCGGUUUGUCUUCGAGAUCCGAUUCACAGACCAUUCGACUCUGUACAUCCAGCCCUAUGUGGAUGCUACCAUCACCAAGUGGUCGCUAGAUGAGAGCUAUUUGUCCAGUACCCCUCCCUAUUACAUGUUCUUCACUUACGGCGUGGAUGGCUCUCCGCUAAUCGUAACCAUUGAGAUCCAGAAAUCCAAUGGGGACUUUGAAGUACCAGUCUGUGAAAUCGGAGUUGGCCGGCAGUUUAUGCAUACUUCUGGCGAUAUUACUGCUCAGGAAUUUGCCAAAACAUUCCCCGAAUACGCGGUCCUAAUUGAAUGGCCAGCGGAUUACCACCGAUACAUAGUUUAAUUUAAGUGUAUGUUGAUUAAAUAGUAUGAAUUUGAAUUUCAUAAAUAA